UUAUUCUAUCACACAGCCCAUAAACUUUAAGGCAUCAUCUUUGUCGAACAAGCGUCUCCUGAAAGAACCGUAAAGGAGCCGUACAUCCGGUGAGAUGUAAACUCCCAGCAUUCAUGGCGGAGGGUUCAAGCAAAGCUUUAGAUGACGUCACAUUACCCGCUGAAGAAAAAGAAGAAGAAGAAGAAGAAAUAGUAACUCUUGAUUUUGAUGACGACACUUUGACAGGCAACUACCAGGAGUCACUGAGAGAUGCAACAGCUGCCUAUCGAUUGCAACCAACAUAUCUGAAGGCAAUUAUUAGAGGAGCAAGCGCCAGUCUUGAGCUGAAUAAGCCUGAAGAAGCUCUCAGAUGGAGUGUCCAAGGAUUAGCAGUAUCCUUUUGA